UUUAUUACUCAUCCACCCCGUAAUUUCCAGGAACAAUCCUCCCAACAUUCUGCCAUCUAUAUAUCAAUACCAACUCCCUCUUCCUCAUCAUAAAGAAAUUAAAAACCCAAACUUUAAGAGAAAUGACAGGCGGCAGCAGAGGAAACGAGUUCCAAGACAUGCUGCCGCUGAUGGCGGACAAGCUCGGCGGAGAAGGGCUGAUACGGGAGCUCUGCAACGGAUUCCGGCUGCUGAUGGACGGCGAGAAAGGGGUGAUUACCUUCCAGAGCCUGAAGAGGAACGCCGCGGUUUUGGGGCUUCAGGAAUUGAGGGACGACGAGCUACAGAGCAUGGUGAGGGAAGGGGAUAUCGACGGCGAUGGGGCUUUGGAUGAGAUGGAAUUCUGCGUUCUUAUGUUCAGAUUGAGCCCGGAGUUGAUGCAGGAAUCUGAAGCUCUGCUUCAUGGAGCUCUGGAACAGGAAGAAGAUGAAGGGGUUGCUUCUUCUUGGUUUGGUUGCAGUUAACUUAUAAGCUGAAAUCGAUGAGAUUGAAUGAUUGAAUGACUGUAAUGUAUUAAUACUCCCCUUUUCUUUUCUGCUGAAACGAUAAAAUGAAGGAGAUGGAAGAAGAAGUUGGGGUAUUUAGUUCUUUUUCAACCACAUAACUUUUACUUUAUUAAUCCACGUGCAAGUCAACAUUGGUCAACGAUUUUAGGACGGAGAGUAUGAUUUAGUCCGUAGUCCGUAUCAUCCUAUAUAGUUUAGCGUUCAUAUUAAACUCAUUUGGACAUAUUGGUUUGAUUCAAUUCAACUGAAUCAUAUCAAAUCCAACUAAAUUGAACCGAAAUCAGACAUAUGCAAUUUGAUUUAAAUU